AAGAAAAAGCCCAAAGUUACCGGUUGUUUCUUUGUUGAUUGAAUGUUCCUCAAAGUCCAAUGAGUGUAGAAGCACGUGCUUAUCAUUGUUGAAAGAAAUGCAGUUGGAAACUGACACUAAUACCUGUCCGGCAUGCAAAACCAUCUUCCACCUUGAUAAUAAAGACUGUGAUCAUUGUGGCAUUGAUUUCAGUCGAAAGUGGUACAAAGGGGUGAAUGAGACUGCUCUCUGUCAUGCAUGUUAUAUGUACCAACUGAAAUUCAAGCAUAACCGUCCUGCUGUUCUUAUUAGCGAAAAACAAAAAAAGCUGUAUUUGAUAAGCACAUAAGCUGUGGCUGGCAAAUGAAACUUGUUUUGUACAAAGAUGACAAUGGAAAAUAUCAUGAAAAUGUUCCAACUCAGAAUAUUAAAAAGCCGAAUUUGUCUGUUAGAGAUUGUUGGGACAAACAGUCUUGCAUUAAAUGAUUCUGCAAAAAAGAUAUUUUCAGCUACAACUAAUUCCGCAAAAUUGUUGAUUGCAGAUACUGAAACAGAAAAUCCUCAUCGAUACACUUUGAAACAAGUGAGCAACAGAGUAAAGUAUGUUGACAAACAUUUUCUCAAAACAUCUAUGAAAAUGCUUGAUUAAUGGGUCUGAUUGGCGUGAUACAGAGAAACUCCUCGAGUCCAACUUUGAAUCAGUUCUUCUCUUUCAACGUGGAAAUCAACUGGAGGGCAGGAACUAUCAUUUUGUCAUUGCCAAGAAACAGUCCUUACAAUAUGUUAGAAAAUAUGGCAAACAUGUUCUAGGGUUUGAUGUUAAGCAUGACUUUAAUGCUGUACGGUUCAAAACUGCCUUCGUGACAUUCUGUGAUGCUGCAAAUAGAGGGCGUGUUGCAGCAGCAUCUGUUUCAAAUUCAGACGAGCAAAGUGUUCAUGCUACCACUCUGCAAAUACUACUAUCCAAUGUGCCAUGCAGUAAUUCGAGCUGUGAACACCCAAGUAAGCUAUUUAUUUAUAAUGAUGGGAAUGGAUUCUUUCGUGUACGACCAUGUGCUUUUGAUGAUCCGAUAUCACCGUUGAUUCAGCAUGAUAAAGACAAUGCUCUGCGAAAUGGAGCCAAUGACAACAAUUUGGGGUCAACUCUUUGUAACUUUCAUGGUUUACAAGCACUGCGACGGCAUUUGCAUGAAGAUGCUUCAACGCGAUUAUUAAUGAGACCUUUGGAAACUGGUUUUAAAUGCGUAAUGCGUUGCUGGGAUGAAGCAUCACGAAAAUGUGUUGCAAAUAACUUCAUCAAAUUUAUUCAGCAUACAAUUCCAUCUGAAAUUUUACAGGAGGACAAAAAGAACAGUCUUGUCAAUUAUUUAAGUGUUAACUGGUUUUCACCGCCUUGGGCUGAAACAAUGACUGCAGAGCGAUUAUAUCAAGUUGACUUAGCAGAGCAAACAAAUCCUCUUCUAUUGACUGACAAUGUUACUGAAAGAAAGUUCAAGGAUGUAGAUCAAACCUACUUCAGUGGUCAGAUGAAUCGUUUGAUAUCUUCCUUUGUAUUGCGCUUAUUAAGCAGCAUUAUUGGUGAUGAUCUAAUUGAAACAGGGCAGAAUUCAGCAACAUGUGAAUCUUUGAAAUUUCGAAAAAGAAAUAUUAACCGCAAAACCAAAGAAACAAAUGCAUGUGUCAGAGCAUUACAUAAUGUCAUCCAAAAAGGGCUGGUGGUUGCUUACGAUGAGACGAGUGGUUGGGCUGUAAUUAGAAGUGAUGCAAGUGCAGCAACAAAACAAAAAACUGAUGAGCUUCCCGAUAAAUUUUUUACUGGAACGGAUAGUAAUGAAGAUCCACUUAGAUACCUUGAGGAACGGUUCCCUCCAACAGAGUCAUUGUCUAAAGCUAGCGAGAUCUUUUGUACUUCACAAAAUGUUGGAUUAGACCACAGUUAUGAUGUUGUUUCAAAAUGUAAGAAAUUUAUUUCUUCCCUUGACACGUCAGCAACACAAUUUUACCGUGAUUAUGUCAUUGGACUUCUGCCAGAAGAAUUGCAUGAAAAAAUAACAGGAAAUGUACAUGUAGUGAAUAUAGAGCAUGGAAUUUGUACUUGCAGUAGUUUCAUUGUUAUGGGUCAGCCGAAGUUUUGCAAACAUUUGUAUGCUAUUCUGGCUUUGAGAGAAAAUAUCAAGAAUCCUGAAGACUUGCUGACCACAUUUACUGGAUCAUACCGUUCAAAACCUUUCCCUGGUUAUGCGAGGAACGUUUUGCAAUUCCCAACCAAGACAUGGCACAUCAUAGAUUCAUUAAAAGUUAUGUCACAUGAAUCAUCUCUGCCAGAAAUGGAACGUGCAAAAAGCGGGUCUAUUUUGCAAGUUUUACAUGAUAGCGUUCUAAAAAUAAAACGUGUAUCUGGAAAGUUAGCUAGACGUUACCCACACAAUAUGGGGUAUCGCCGUAUAGAAGGUCCCAUACCUGAACGAAAAUAUUCUCUCGCUGACCAAGAUCAUGGCCCAGAUCAAGAAGUCCCUGAUCCAUACAGACCAUUUGUGGUGUUCCCAGAAAGAGCCAAAGAACAGCAUGGUGGCAAAAGGUCGAUUAGAGUUGCAAAUAGAGGAAUUAGUUUUUGUAAUACGGUGAAUGAUGCGCUGCAGACAUUGGGCAAAAAAGCACUUACAGAUCCAGUACUGUCACAGAAGAUGGAUAAUCCGAUUUGCUCAGAAGACGUGCUAUUAAAUGAUAAUAUUGACCCAGAAAUUCCCGAACCAGUAUUUGAAGAGGAGGAACAAUCGCACUCAAAAAGGCCGCCAUCUUCACAAUUAGAUGAUGCUGAUUCUACCCCUUUGAAACUGAAACCAUACAUGUGUGGUUUAUGUGUGAACAGUAAUGAGAGUACACCCUACAUUUGCAGUUCAAGGACUCAACUCUUCACCCACAUAAUGAAAAAACAUCAAACUGCACUAAUAUACUGCUCUAUUUGUUGGGGUAGUGGAGUCACGACUGCUUAUUUUGAAAAUGAUGUGCUAUUAGAGAGACAUGUUCAAAGGUUUCACAAGUGUCCAUCAAAACAAAAAGGAUUGAAGCGAAACUUCAGCAAAAUUUCAUCUGGGGCUAGAGCUACGUUGUCACAACAAGAUAACCCUAACAAGAAAAUAAAACUACACAGUAAUGCCCAUUCUGACACUGAAAUUGAAAAGCCUGAGCAGAAAGACAAUCCAGAGACACAGAAUCUUGCAAAGCUGAGGUCAAAGAAAAAGCAAUUCUUAGGCAAGAUUUUAUCUGAUAUCAAAACUAAGUUAUGGCAACAAGAUGAUGCUAAAAAGAAUAUAAAACUAGUUAAUGAUGCCGAUUCUUAUACUAAACUUAAAAAGCUUAUAGAAAAGAAGGGCAACCCAGGAACGCAGAAUCUUGCAAAGCUGAAAUCAAAGAAAAAACAAGUCUUAGGCAAGAUUUCAUCUGAUAUUAAAACUAAGUUAUGCCAACAAGAUGAUGCUGAAAAGAGCAUAAAACUAGUAAAUGAUGCUGAUCCUGACACUGAACAUGAAAACAACAUACUAAAUUCAACAUGCCCCUUGUGCAAAAAUAUAUGUAGUCAGAAUCCUAAAAAGCUUGCCUCUAUUGGUUGUGAUAAAUGUUUUAAAUGGUUUCAUUGGCGUUGUGUUGCUAGCAUCAUGACUCAUUGAAACAUCAAAAACGAGGACAAUCGCCAUGUGUAUUCCAAAACGUGUUAUUUCGAAAUAGGGUUUAUAAUAUAAGUUCGUAAAUUGCACCUGUGGGUAAAGAAAUGCGAGAAGUUUUGCAAUUCUGGACGGAUAGCAGCUUUAAGCAUAUACAGCAUAGGCCUAAUGCGCAUUGUUUUCAGCAAGCCGUUGUCCUGUCUCCCGCGGGCUCGCCGCCACUACCGGAAGCAUUGCCGUCGGAAGGUUUGACUGUAUCCCAGCAGUUAUGUUACUGUAUGAAUACAUGUACACACACGAUCUACACACGUGAACCUAGUUUCUGUAUCUAGGCAUAUGUAUGAAGCGGCAUAUUAAAUAAAAUAUUUGAUAUCAUCUACUCUUUUAUGUAUAUAUAUGUUCGCGUGUAUAGAUACGUUUGUGUUUGCAUUGACAAGGCUUUGUGUGCGAGAGACGUUUGAAUGCAGCCAUGCUUGUUUACUGCAUUGGCUUAAAAUCUGUACAGUCUACUUUGUGGAUACUGAAUAACAAUCACAAUUUCAUGCUGUUUUUAUCUGCAGCAAGUUAAGAGCUGGCGAUCAGCAUACAGACGUGUUCAGCUGUGGGUCCAUUAGGGUCCACAAUUAUAGGUCCUUUUUUCACUCCAGCGUCACAAGACAAUUAUGCAUUCUAUAAUUAAAAUUAUAAGAAAAAAGUGAUUCUAUGUUAUUUCGAAAUAGGGUUUAUAAUAUAAGUUCGUAAAUAUAAUAAUAAUUUAUUAAAUAUCGUAAUAUAAGUUCGUGUGGGUAAGGAAAUGCGAGAAAUUUUGCAAUUCUGGACGGAUAGCAGCUUUAAGCAUAUACAGCAUAGGCCUCAUGCGCAUUGUUUUCAGCAAGCCGUUGUCCUGUCUGCGGCGGGUUCGCCGCCACUACCGGCAGCAUUGCCGUCGCCGGCGCUCGGUGCUUGCGGAUAUUUUACUCGAAUUCCGACUUGGACAAUUUCGUGUGGUUCAUUUUGCGGCCGGUAAAUUAUGAAUAUUAUUUUUAGUAUUAUUUAGUAGCGUGUUGUUAUUUUUGCGGUCGGGGACGCGUUCGCGAAAUU